AUGUUAUUCGAGGAGAGUUUACUUAAUAUUGUUUCUAUUACUUUUACUUCUCUCGUCUUAGCUGAGCUCCUCAAUGUUGCUUCAGAAAUACAAACAUGUGCUGCUGUGUAUCCGCCAUCCAAAGCUGCUGCGGUCGCUGUACUGCAGCAGCAGCAGCAGCAGCAGCACCAACAGCAUCAGCAACAACAGCAGCAGCACCAACAGCAACAGCAGCAGCAGCACCAACAGCAACAUCACCAACAGCAACAGCAGCACCAACAGCAGCAACAGCAGCAUCAGCAACAGCAGCAGCGCCAACAGCAACAGCAGCACCACCACCAACAGCAACAGCAGCAACAUCACCAACAGCAACAGCAGCAUCAUCAGCAGCAGCAGCAGCAGCAGCAGCAGUUGUAUUGUGUGUUGCAUGCAGGCACCCACUGA